AUGAUUUCUGACAACGCCACUAACUUCAAAACUGGUUCUUCCUUGAUUCAGUCCUUGUAUGAUGACACUGACAUACAGUCCACACUGACUCGGGAAAAUUGUAAAUGGACAUUCAUCACAUCUAGGGCACCCCAUCAAGGAGGCUUCUAUGAGAGGAUGGUUGGCAGUGUGAAAUCAGCACUAAAGAAAGCUAUAUUCAAGAAGAGGAUUAAUUCUGACGAACUGAAUACCAUUGUCACUGAGAUAGAGUGUCGUAUUAACAAUAGACCUCUUACAUAUGAGGAUGCUACAUCUCCAGAUACCGUCGAUGCCCUUACCCUUCUCACCGUUGUAUGGCUACCGGUUAAACUCGUUACCCACUACCAUAGACCGGACUACCUGAAUGACCCAGAUUUUGAGCUUGACCACAAACAAUGUAAUGAGAGAUUCAAGUUUGUAUCUCAGGUAAUACAUGCAUUCCAAGAACAGUGGAGAAAGGAAUACUUGCAGUUCCUGAGAGAUAGACACUAUUUCAACGGGGAUCCAACCCAACCGUUCCAAACCAAGAUUAAAGUAGGAGAUGUGGUGUUAGUACAUAAUGACACCCCUCGUUGCAUGUGA